CCUAGUGAAGUUUCAAGGAUUAUCGCUGAUUGGCCUACUCCCUCGGGGUGCUGCCUGUGGCUAGGAGAAGCUUGAGGGGAAAUUUGAUGUGCAUAGACAGGACUAAAGGCUACGGGUUCCAAUUUGUAAAUACAGGGGGGAAACAGUUGAUUAUGUAUAGGCAACCAGCUUACGAGAGCAGCAACCUAUCCAAUAAUGGAAAGCAAAAAUAGUCCCAUUUUGUGUACACUUUAAAGUGGAAUCUCUGUUUUCAGUAUUUGGAUUGGCUUCACCGCUGGUAUCCAUCAGAGCUACCGAGGACGCGUAGCCUUUCUAACCACCAGGGGAGUGGCUUUGGGUGUGAGUCACGCUCGGGUAUUGAAGUUUAACAGAUGUACGGGAGAAGACUGUAGAACAGCACGACAAAUAAACAACUCUGGAGCUAAACAGCACAUUUUAUCAACCCACUGCAAUUUUUCUUUAACAGGAGAAUUGUAUCCGAGAGCCGUGUGCUGUCAGAAUGCUUGUUGACUGGAUCAGUGGAUGCCCCUGCACAUGCUUGUGACCCCUGAAAUGGUUCAGAGAAAUGGACGGAUGUUCUCAAGUUGGAGACUAACAGCGUCCUUAAAGAUGCCUGAAGGCUCACUCUGAAUCACCAAACAUACACACUCAGACACACACAGACGCUAACACACACACGGAGUAGAAACUUGCCUGAUGAAUUCCUUUGAGCUCUGGUGUACAAACACUCCAAGCUAGCAGGCGGGAGUUGCCAUGCCAACUAAAACUGCCAUCCUUGAGUCUUCUGUUGCCAUACAGGUAGUAACCAUGACAUUGCUCCUCCCAUGGGCGCUGUCUCUACUGCUGGCCACCAUAGCAGUGGCAAGUAAUGAUGAUGUCAUUCCUCGCAUCAGCUUCCCCUACCACUCUCAGGAGCGAGCUGUCAGACAGUUCUCCCCUGCUGGAGUGUUUAAUUACACCUCGCUGCUGCUCAGCCAAUCAGAUAGCACACUUUACGUGGGUGCCAGAGACAUGCUGUUUGCCCUCAACGUCAAUGACAUCACCUCACACUCUCAACAAAAGGCAUUGUCAUGGGAAACACCUGAGAAGAAGAGAAAGGAGUGUGGCUUUAAAGGGAAAGACCUGCAGAAAGACUGCUUCAACUACAUCAAGCUCUUACUGCGUCUGAACGACACACAUCUGUACGCGUGUGGAACCUACGCUUUCAGCCCCACCUGUUCUUACAUUAAUGCAGCUAGUUUUUCCAUGCUGAGGGACGAUCAGGGAGAGGUUCUCAUGGAGGAUGGGCGGAGCCGCUGUCCCUUCAGUCCAGAGUACCAGAACACUGCUGUCAUUGCAGAUGGGAUGCUGUAUACUGGGACUGUGAGUAAUUUCCAGGGUAAUGAGCCGACCAUCUCUAAGAGCCUGGGCACCGGAGCUGCUCUCAAAACCGACAACUCCCUUAACUGGCUGGAAGAUCCAGUAUUUGUGGGAUCUGCAUACAUGCCGGGUACUGAUGAAGACGAUGAGAUCUACUUCUUCUUCAGUGAAACUGGAACAGAGUUUGAUUUCUUUGACAACACCAUUGUGUCCCGCAUAGCACGUGUCUGUAAGGAUGACGAGGGUGGUGAGAGGGUCCUUCAGAAGAAGUGGACGACCUUCCUGAAAGCCCAGCUGCAGUGCUCUCUGCCUGAUGAUGGCUUUCCUUACAACAUCGUGCAGGACGUCUUCAUACACACUGCGCCAAGCCGAGAACACACAUUGCUCUAUGCGGUCUUCACCUCACAGUGGCAUAAAGGAGCAUGGGGGAGUUCGGCUGUGUGUGUUUUCAGUAUGAAGCAUGUGGACAAUGUAUUUAAUGGCCGAUACCGAGAACUGAACCGAGAAACACAACGUUGGACCACACACACUCAACCUGUUCCAGAACCACGUCCUGGAGCGUGUGUGAACAGUGCUGUGAGAGAGAUGGGGUUUGAGUCAUCCCUGCAUAUGCCUGAUAAAGUGCUGAACUUUGUGAAGGACCACUUCCUCAUGGAUGGAGUGAUCCGCAGUGCUCCACUGCUACGCACACAGAGUGUUCGCUACACACAGAUUGCAGUGCAGAGAGUCCAGGGCCUGCGGAAGGUCUAUGAUGUGAUGUUUCUGGGAACAGAUGACGGACGACUGCAUAAGGCUGUUAGUUGUGCCGACAACAUACACAUUAUUGAAGAGAUCACACUGUUUCCAAGGCAACAGCCUAUACAACACAUUGAAUUGGACUCAAGCAAGGGUGUGUUGUUUGUGUCCUCCUACUCGGCCGUUCUGCAGCUGAGUGUGAGUAACUGCUCGGCUCACCGGACCUGUGGGGAGUGUGUGUUGGCGCGAGACCCGUACUGCGCCUGGGCCGGAACACGCUGUGCUGACCUCACACACACCGCGCCACAGGGGCAAUGGCAGCAGGACAUUGAAAAUGCAGACCCAUCCUUGUUGUGUAAGAUCACAGCCACCCCACGCUCUGCAAAGUCACAGAGCCUCGACAUGUCUGCAUGUCAGGUGGUCGUUGUACCUGCCAACACCUUCCGCGUUCUUCCAUGCAAGCUACGGUCUAACCAUGCAUACAGGACAUGGUCAUACAGCCCCAGCACGCCUCACUUUCUGUUUCCUGGUCCAGAGGGUGGGCUAGUGGUUGGCGGCAUAGAGGGGGCUGAAAGAGUCUACUCAUGCUGGGCAGAGGAACGUGGUUUUCAGCAACUCCUGGCCAAUUACUGUGUGAGGGCGGAGCCACGAGUCCAGAGACCCACUCCUAUUGGUCGACCAAGAGCACCACAUCCCUUGGAGGAGGAGUCAGUUAUUCUGCCCGAUCGGUCUCACUCACCGUGGGCGACUGCAAAGACCUACCGCGCAGAGCUGAUCGCAGUGUGUGUGCUCCUGUGUGUGUGUGUGCUGUGCUUCGGCGUGUGCGUGGUGUACGGCCGGGCAAGGGUGCCACCCACACAGCAACAGAAGCCGAGGAUUGUGGGUAAAUCAACCGAGAGUUUGCCACUGAAUGGGGGCUCCAUCCCGACCACUCCAUCUGAACUCAAGGGCUAUCAGACACUGGAGGAGAACUACUGCGCGCACACGCACACACACUCUCACACGCCCACUCACCCACAGCCGCACACAGAGACACAGACUCACGGAGACAACUCUGCCAUCUGUCCUAGGCCUCGUGUCAGACUGGGAUCUGAGAUUCAAGACUCCAUAGUGUAGACACACACACACACACACACACACACACACACACACAUACACACACAUGCAUACAAAGACACACAGAUUUUCACACACAGUUAAUGUGAAGAUGAUAUUCAGAAACACUCUAAGACGACUUGUCAGAACUGAGUGUAGUCCUUAACCACCACCAUGUCUCACUUGUUUGUUUACCUGUGUGGUUUUACCUCGUCAUUUUACUGUGAGCAAAACCCUGAUAAGCAGACUUCCAUUACAGAGACUGGACAUCACUAUCCCUCUGAGCUUUACUGUAAUGUGUUCUCAUCUUAAUGACCGGUCUGAUCUUUUUAGAGGCCACAGGUAUCUUCCUCAGCAGACUAACCAUUGAGGUUCUAACACCAGUUAGAUCUGACCUUCCCUUGCAAAAUGACCAGAAGUGCAUCUUAACCCUUAAAGGAGGGAAUGUUGAGAAAUGAACGUUCUAAAGAAUAUCUGGGUUCAUUGAAUUCAACAUAGAAUUUUAGAACCUUCAAUUGUUGCGGAACUUAGAAUGUUCAAAAACCUACACCUUUAAAACGCACACAUUCUGUGUUGUGAUAUAUAUGACCUUCCAUAUCAUCUUGAGAUUAUUUUGUGAGACUGUUAAAUAUGGCACAACAUUCUGUUAGUAAUAAUUUGCACUGGCUUCUGACAAAGACCUUUUGACUCACCACUGAAUGUAUGUGUACUAGAAGAGUAUUAACAAGCUGUUAUUUUAAUGUGACGCUCACAGAUUAGGUCUUUGGAAGUAGUUUUUUUUAUAUCUGUUCACAGUCCCUCCACUGAAGACAGAAGAAAACAGGGGGUUCUGUUUCAGAGUUUUAUAAUAUUGUUUUCAGUGUAAGUUGAAAAUCUACUGUAAGAAAUUACUCAGAAGGAUUCUAUAUUGAGUUUUACUCUUAUAAUUUGGUUUAUACUGUGUGCCUAACUACCAAACUUCCUGUUAUUGCUCCCAAAAACAUUUUACUUCCUCUUUUUUCCCUACUCUUCAUCCGUUCAUCUUUUUUUAUUUUUUGCUCUGAGUCUCUAUCAUCCACAGACUCACGUGCAGACUCACCUACACAUAGUCUUGGUGUUUACUUUGAGUCAAUUGAGUGUGUGUUUGUGUGGAUUGUACUGUAAGUUCUGAGCCAUACUGACAUAUUACUUUUGCUUGUUCUUCACUGUUUUUGCACUUUAUUUGGUUUAUUACAUCCAAUGAAAAUGUUUUGGAACAUUA